UAAUUAAAGUGCAAGAACCCUUGGUGAAAGUUCUUAAAUUGGUUGAUGGUGAUGAAAAACCAACCAUGGGCUUCAUAUACGAGGCAAUUGAUAGGGCGAAGUUGGCCAUUCAAAAAGAUUGCCGGUUUUACAAAGAUUAUUGGAAAAUUAUUGACAACCGGUGGAGUUUUCAGUUGCACCAAGAUUUGCACGCUGCUGGGUAUUUUUUGAACCCACAAUUUCUUUAUGGUGCCCCACCCUCUCCUGAAGUUGCUAGAGAAGUCAUGGAUGGAGUUAAAAAAGUGAUAACCAAGUUGGUACCCGAUAUAGAUACUCAAAUUCGGGCUAUUAAUCAAGUAAGUAUUGGUUCCAUUAAAUUGAAUAAUGAAUUGUUCUAGUAUUCUGUAAUACUUUUAAGAAUAAUUAUUAAUACAUCUAAUUAAUUAAUUUUAUUUCACAAUCAUCCUUUUUUAGUUGUUGCUAUAUCGAGAUAGGCAAGAGACUUUUGGAACCCCAUUGGCUCAAAGGGCAGUGAAACAAACAAAUCCUGGUAAAUAUGACUAUAUAGCUAAAUAAUGGAAAAUUACUCUAUUUUCUCUCUUUGUGUUCAAAUUUGACUUUUGAAAUACGCUAUACUAAUAUAAAA